CUUGCUUCUACCCCACACACACAACCAUGGACACCAAGAUUGUAGUAUUCAUCUGCCUGAUGGGCGCAGUGACCGCCAGUGUGGUGGCACCAGUGCCCGUGGCGCGUCUAGACCCGUACCCGCAGUACUCGUACGGGUACGACGUACAGGAUGCGCUAACCGGCGACUACAAGGGCCACCAGGAACAUCGGAACGGAGACGUAGUCACCGGCUCCUAUAGUGUAGUGGAUCCUGACGGCACUAGGAGGAUUGUGGACUACGCUGCGGAUCCCUUGAACGGGUUUAACGCGGUGGUGCGACGCGAGCCCUUAGUGGCGCGUAUUCCGGCCCCGAUAGUGGCCCCGGCACCUGUUCCCGUCGUCCCCCGCGCCCCCGUCUUCGCCCCCGCCCCCGCGCCCAUCUUAGCUCCAAGGUUACCUAGUCCCUACUUCUUCUAG